UGCUGACGCAGGGAUUUUACUGUCAUACAUGUGCGCAUGCGUCGGCGUUUUUAGGGGAUUCCAUCAGACAGCUGAAGCCCGUUUGAAGUUUUCAGCCGCGAUCACGUGGCCACGCCCCUCAGCCAAUAGGAGAGCCGGGCUCAGAUUUCAGCCAAGGAAAGAAAAAGAAGAAGAAGAAGAAGUGGGAGGAGGAAGAGAAAUAAAUACACUUCGACGAGCACAGACCGAGACUUUCUUCACCGGCACCUUUUGCUUCCACGCAGAAAUAUACUUUAAAUGGCACACUUUGGGCGGAAAAGGAUCCCCUUUGUGGGGGGAGGAGUGGACCCUGGACGAGUUUAAGGAGAAGAAGGAGGGCAGCACUUUCUUCCUCCUUCACUGGUGUGCAAGAAUGGGUGCUGGAGCUCUGACCAUCUGUCACAACAAGGCGGCGGUGCAGGUGAAGGAGGACAUGAAAAGGAUGGUUCAGAUGCCCAUGCUGAGACCCAGGUCAGGUGGGGCCAAGCACACCAAGCUGUUUGGGGCGUCCCUGUUGGAGCUGCAGGACAAGGGACUGAUGGAGGACGGCGUGCCUCUGGUGGUGAGGAGGAUGGUGGAGCAUCUACGCAAGAACGCGUUGCGGCAGGAGGGUUUGUUCAGGGUGAACGGCAACGUCCGCGCUGUGGAGGCCUUGAGACAGCGGCUGGAGAACGAAGAAGACGUGGACAUGAGCGACUCGGACAUAUGCACGGUGGCCAGCUUGCUAAAGAAGUACUUAAGGGACUUGCCUCAGGGCCUCGUGGACUCUGCCGUCCAAAAGGAGCUGAUACUUCACUAUCAAGAAUGCGGCGACGACGGCUCCUGCUCAGACCUGAGGGACCUGCUGAAGCAGCUUCCAGAUGUCCACCACAGCCUGCUGCGUUACUUGUGUCACUUCCUCACAAAGGUGGAGAGCAACCACAAGGAGAACCGCAUGACCGCACACAACCUGGCCACUGUGUUUGGGCCCAGCGUCUUCCACGUGGCUGCCAGGAUCGAGGCCUUGAACGAUCAGAAUAUCUGCAACAAGAUCCUGGUGCGGCUCAUCCAGAACCACGACAGCAUAUUUGAGACGGACAACAAGCAAGAAGGAGAAGAAGAAGAGGAACUGGCAGAUGUGGUUCUGGUCAAGGUUGUGACAAAUAUCCCAGAAGUUCAGAGCCAAGGCAGUGAUGCACGGCUUAGGAGAAGGAAGGUGAGGAGGGUGGCGAGUGGCGACGACACCCACGUGACCCCCCGGCCCGUGCGCCCGGCCCCGCCGCCUCAGGGAGAUCGGCCGAUGGGGUUCCCCCCGGCGUCGAGCGCCAGUCCGGAGGUUAUGGAGACGACUCACACGCCUCACAGAGACACAACCAUGCCUGCCUAUUGCCAUGGCAACCUGGACGUCAGGUCCUCCAUUGUUGGCAGGGAGGCCCUCAGAAGUUUGUCUUUAUUUUUUAGCUCCCAAGAUGACGAGAGACCCAUAUCGCCUUUCUACAUAAGUCCUCUCUGCUCACCCGUGCUCCGCUCACCUGAAGUGGUAGACAUCCUGGACCGGACCAUACGUUCCACGGUGGAGCAGCACCUCUUCGACGUCGACGCUGGCCAGUCGACCCGGAGGCGGCCAUCUCCCAAGGAUUCCCUGACCGCCAGACAGCGGCGGCGUCAUCGUAGAGAGCAGCAAGAGGACGGCUCAAGUCCCAGGGAAAGAAGCAGAGCCGACACCAACAAGGAGAACAUCCCGUCGUCAGGAGGCGGCAGGAGAAGCGCGGCGGGGGUGGAUAUAGGCGGCGGCGGCAGCGUUGGCGUGGACUCACAGAGCGAUCUGUUGGUGCGAGUGCCCAAAGCCAGGAAGUGGAAACACAACCCAACGCUAGUGCAGCUCAACAUAGACGCCCACAAAGAGGUCGGGGGCGUUCCGGGAGCCUCUGAGAGAACCAGGUCCGACCACAUGGAGCCACCUAAGAAAAGGAAUCACGCGUCACGAAAAGAUGACAUUACUUCUCCCACGCAGACGCUCAGGAUGAAGAUCCAGGAGUCGCCCGCCAUUCGCGACCCCAGGCUCGGCGGGGGCGGGGAGGUGCGGGGCUCGGACCCCGAGCGGGACAAGGCGAGCUGCGAGGACGUGCCUCGGCUGGACCUGACGACGCUAGGCCAGGACAACAGCAACUGGGGAGAACCGGUACCGGCCUUCUCGUCCCUGCGGAGGGACAGCAUGGACCGCGAGGAGGCUCGCCUGUCGCCGCACGCCGGAGGUUUGCUGAUUCGCCAGCUGCUGGAGGAGGACAGCGACCCCAUGCCGUCCCCUCGCUUCUACGGCUACGGACAGUGCCAGCAGUAUCUGGACGACACCGAAGUGCCUCCGUCGCCGCCCAACGCCCACUCCUUCAGCAGUCGCAGGAGGAGUUCCUCGCUGGGCUCCUGUGACGACGACAAGGAGGAGCUGACCCAAGCCCAGCUCACCAAGAGGAUCCACGUCCUCAAAAAGAAGAUCCACAGGUUCGAGGAGAAGUUUGAAGAUGAGCGGAAAUACAGGCCUUCCCACAGCGACAAGGCUGGAAACUCUGAGGUCCUCCGAUGGGUCAACGAACUGGCCAGGUUGCGCAAAGAACUAAAAGAACACAAGCUGAUGAAGUCCGAGGAGGAUCCCCCGCCUCUGACCCGCCAGCGCAGCAACACGCUGCCCAAGAGCUUCGGCUCGCAGCUGGAGAAGAAGACCCAGCAGGAGAAGGUGCCCAAGCCCCCCGUGGAGAGCACGCUGGAGGGCAUCCUGAAGAAGCUGCAGGAGAAGCGCGAGGAGGUCAACCGCCCCGAGGACAUUAAGGAUAUGACCCGGGAGCAGUUUGGAGCGGAGAAACUUGCUCUGCAGAAAUCUCUUCUCCACUACGAGAGCAUACAUGGACGACCUGUGACUAAGAGCGAGAGGCAGAUCAUGAAGCCGCUGUACGACCGAUACCGGCUAGUCAAGCAGAUCCUGUGCAGAGCCUCCACCAUCCCCGUCAUCGGCUCGCCCUCCAGCAAGCGUCGAGGCCCCCUCCUCCAGCCCAUUAUCGAGGGCGAAACCGCACUCUUCUUCGACGACGUCAAGGAGGAAGAAGAGGGAUCCGAAGACGAGGGCGAUGCCAAGACGCAGUUCUCCGUCACCGCCAGGCCCGACCUGAACGUGCUCAACUUCCCGGGUCACGCGGAGCAGGAAGUGGACGGUUUCAUUUCCCCCGUGGACGAACUUUGUCCUUCUAUCAACGCCACCACCGACAUGCGACUGUCCAACCUGCACUCGGCCACCACGCAAGAACUGGUGAAACAACUCCAGGAGGCCCGGGAGGAGAAGAAGAGAAUCCGCAAAACCCUCAAAGAAUUUGAAGAGCAGUUCUUUCGGCAAAAUGGAAGGACCGUCCAGAAGGAGGACCGUUCCCCGCUGGCAGUGGACUACAACGAGUACAAACACAUCAAAGCCAAGCUGAGGCUGCUGGAGGUCCUCAUCAGCAAAAGAGACGCCACCAAGUUGGUCUAAAAACUGGAUUUUUUUUUUAUUAUCUCCAAACUGCGGACGGAACCCUCAACAAUUACACUUUUAAUAAUAAUAAUAGUAAUAAUCACCACUCAUUUUUCCUCUCCUUUUCACCAUAUUUCAACCACAAGAGGAAAUAUACGAAGUCUUCAAAUGAAGUCAUCACGUUCUCUCAUUUGUUAGAUUUGUCGUAAAUGAAUCGGCCAUUUUCCACAUUUAACGUAAGAAAACUUCCUGGCUAAAAUGAUUUGGCUGCUGAAACAAAAGAGUACUCUGGGCUACAAAACACGAUAAGACGUAUUAAGUCGCGAGAAUUUGCCAGACUUAAGUUGAUAUUGUGCCAAAAAAAAUUAUUUUACGAGAAAAAAUAUUUAAUAUUUUUGUUGUAUUUUAUUAUAUAUAUAUAUUCCAUAUUUUUCGGACUUUAAGGCGCACUUAAAAUCCUUUCAUUUUCUCAAAACUGGACAGUACCUAAUGUACGGAAUAAUUCUGGUUGUGCUUACCGACCUCAUAGCAAUUUUCCUUGGUACAUGGUGUAAUGAUAAGUGUGACCAGUAGAUGGCAGUCACACAUACUGCAGACGAAACCCUCAACAAUUACACUUUUAAUAAUAAUAAUAAUAAUAGUAAUCACUACUCAUUUUUCCUCUCCUUUUCACCAUAUUUCAACCACAAGAGGAAAUAUACGAAGUUUUCAAAUGAAGCCAUCACGUUCUCUCAUUUGUUAGAUUUGUCGUAAAUGAAUCGGCCAUUUUCCACAUUUAACGUAAGAAAACUUCCUGGCUAAAAUGAUUUGGCUGCUGAGACAAAAGAGUACUCGGGGCUACAAAACACGAUAACAAAACGUAUUCAAUCGAGAGAAUUUGCCAGACUUAAGUUGAUAUUGUGCCAAAAAAAAUUUAUUUUACGAGAAAAAAUAUUUAAUAUUUUUGUUGUAUUUUAUUAUAUAUAUAUAUUGCAUAUUUUUCGGACUUUAAGGCGCACUUAAAAUCCUUUCAUUUUCUCAAAACUCGACAGUGCCUAAUGUACGGAAUAAUUCUGGUUGUGCUUACCAACCUCGUAGCAAUUUUACUUGGUAAUGGUGUAUUGAUAAGUGUGACCAGUAGAUGGCAGUCACACAUACUGCGGACGAAACCCUCAACAAUUACACUUUUAAUAAUAAUAAUAAUAAUAGUAAUCACUACUCAUUUUUCCUCUCCUUUUCACCAUAUUUCAACCACAAGAGGAAAUAUACGAAGUUUUCAAAUGAAGUCAUCACGUUCUCUCAUUUGUUAGAUUUGUCGUAAAUGAAUCGGCCAUUUUCCACAUUUAACGUAAGAAAACUUCCUGGCUAAAAUGAUUUGGCUGCUGAGACAAAAGAGUACUGGGCUACAAAACACGAUAAGACGUAUUAAGUCUAGAGAAUUUGCCAGACUUAAGUUGAUAUUGUGUAAAAAAUUAUAUUUUACGAGAAAAAAUAUUUAAUAUUUUUGUUGUAUUUUAUUAUAUAUAUUAUGUAUAUAUAUAUUGCAUAUUUUUCGGACUUUAAGGCGCACUUAAAAUCCUUUCAUUUUCUCAAAACUCGACAGUGCCUAAUGUACGGAAUAAUUCUGGUUGUGCUGACUGACCUCGUAGCAAUUUUACUUGGUACAUGGUGUAAUGAUAAGUGUGACCAGUAGAUGGCAGUCACAAAUAAGAGAUAUGUGUAGACUGCAAUAUGAUGCCAGUAAACAACACCAAAACCUUAAAUGUUCCAUUGAAAAUAAAGAACAUCACACACGGCCCUCAAAAAUCGGGCAAAAUGUUUUUAGUACGACUUUGAAGCCGCACCGCUUGAUGGCAGUGCGCCUUAUAAUCCGGUGCGCCCUAUGGUCCAGAAAAUACGGUAAUAUAUUUUGAACAAAGAAAGCUGCAAUUCAUGAACGAAAUAAAGACACAAUUUGUGUUAGAAUUUCACAUGUGAAAAAUGCUAUUGCCGUAUUUUUGCGCCAAUACAGUUGCGAUUUUCCGAAAACAAAGGCGAAACAUUGCGAGGAUUUGCGAAACGAGUCGUAACGUUUGUACGAGAAAGAUUGUUACGAGGAUUCGAUUGCAAAAAAAAGUCAUAUUGCGCAAAAUAUGUUGCAAUUACGCUAAAAAAAUAAAAAGCCGCAGUGUUGUUUAAAAAUCUGCAAACCUCCAUUUAUAAUUAGCAGAUUAAGUUGCUAUUUCAUAGAGAAUUUGCAAGACUUUAUUUUGUUCUGAAUAAAUGAAACUGCAAUUUUACCGGGGGGAAAGUAACACGUCGCAUAGACCUCAUUUUAUACUGAACAAUUUGUUUUAUCUGGCUAAAAAAAAGCAUAAUUUUCAGAGUUUACGAUAGUGCUUUACGUAAUUAAAAUUUUACGAAAACAUGGGCGCAAGUUGCGGGAAUUGUGGAACCUCAUUUGAUGUAAGAGCUAUAUAUUUAUAUACAGUAAGAAGGGGGUUCAAAUGGCCCCGUUUGUCGCGGUCUACCUGACACAUGAAACGUGACAAAUUGAAGAGGCGGUGCACUAUCCACUUUAGAAUGGUUAUUUGUGGUUAUUCCAACUUUGACCACAGCGUCAGUUGCUAUGAACAGUGGCGCUUUCCAUUAUUUUCAGCAGCCCGAAUUGCGAACCUUAUUCUCACGCGAGAUCCAUAUGAAUCCCUUCCCUACUGUAUCAUACAGAAAUGAGAAUAUUACAAGAAUUGGUAGGCUCUGAAUUAAUUUUUCUCAAAUUAGGUUUUAACUUAAAGAUAAAAAAGACAUAAUAAUGCAAAAAAUUUGCAAGAAAUAAAUGCCAAAAAACAAAAUUUGGUUUUAUUGUUUUGUUUUUUUGAUUAUUAUUUUUUUUAAAUCUGUCCUGUAAUAAUCAGCUAAUUAAAUUUCAAGUUUACGAGGGAAAAACGACAUGAUAUUAAAGAGCUUGGUAGACGACGUGCAAAAAGUAAAAACGAAUUACGUCGCAUUAUUUUGCAAAUAGAAUAUAAUAGACAUUAUUGUCAUUAUAUUUGCAUAUAACGAGAUUAAGGACUCCAAUUGAAGGUGCGGUAGUGGAAACAAAUAUGGAAUAAAAAUAAAUCACAUAAGUAAUAAAGAUAAAAAGUAAGAAUUGAAAUAAACAGACUACUAUCCAAUAAAAACAAUAAGCAAUACUGUACAAUAUACAAAACAAUACACAAAAAACUGUACAAUAUACAGAACAAAACAAGAUUACUGGAGUAAUAAAGUAAUAACAAUCAGUGUCGGACGUAUUGCACUCGAAGGGUAAUAUUGCACAGUAGGUUAUUGGGGUAGGAUAUUGUAUAGGGGUGAAUUAUUUAUUAUAAGUUUGAGUUCAGGAUGGUGACAGCUGUGGGAAAGAAGUUUAUAAUAAGAAAAUAAUAAGCACAGUUUU